CGGACCUCACAGCAUGGAAGUGUCCUUCCGACUCCUGGCCUGCUUGGUGUGCAUCGUCCCGAUGGGAUCACUUGUGAGAACUAAGAGAGAUACCACUGGGAACUUGCUCAACACAGAGAUGAACAGUGCGCCCGCCCAGCGCUGGUCCAUGCAGGUGCCGGCCGAGGUGAGCGCGACGGCGGGCGAGGCCGCGGUGCUGCCCUGCACCUUCACGCACCCGCACCGCCACUACGACGGGCCGCUCACAGCCAUCUGGCGCGCGGGCGAGCCUUUCGCCGGCCCGCAGGUGUUCCGCUGCGCCGCGGCGCGGGGCAGCGAGCUGUGCCAGACGGCGCUCAGCCUGCACGGCCGCUUCCGGCUACUCGGCAACCCGCGCCGCAACGACCUGUCGCUGCGCAUCGAGCGCCUCGCGCUGGCCGACAACGGCCGCUACUUCUGCCGCGUCGAGUUCGCGGGCGACGUCCACGACCGCUACGAGAGCCGCCAGGGCGUCCGGCUCCGCGUGACGGCCGCUCCGCGGAUCGUCAACAUCUCUGUGCUACCAGGCCCAGGGCACGCCUUCCACGCGCUCUGCACGGCUGAAGGAGAGCCAUCGCCCGCCCUCACCUGGUCCGGCCCGGCCCUGGGCGACGGCUUGGCCGCCACUCGGAGCCCAGGUCAUGAUCCCGGCCACCAGGUGACCGCUGAGCUGCCCGCACUGGCCCACGACGGCCGCUACACGUGUACGGCCUCCAACAGCCUGGGCCGCGCCGAAGCCAGCGUCUACUUGUUUCGUUUCCACGGCGCAUCCAGGGCGUCGACGACCGCCCUCCUGCUCGGCGCGCUCGGCCUCAAGGCGCUGCUGCUGCUCGGCGUUCUGGGCGUUCGGGCCGCUGCCCAUCAUCGCCUAGAGCACCCAGUCACCCCGGAUGCUCUGCCAAGGCCCCAGGCUCAGGAGUCCAAUUAUGAAAAUUUGAACCAGAUGAGCCCCCGGGGCCCACCAGCAGCUGUGUGUUCACCAUGAGGAACCCACUGGCCACCCACAUCCACUGGUCACCGCGAGGAACAAAGGCCAACAGGAGGCUUGGCUGGGACGGCCUUUCCUGGCUCCCGGGCACUGUGACAGCCCCAGCCCAGCGACACCCGGAGGUCAGGACCGUGCUCACAGAGGCUCAGAGGUCUCCCGUAUGGACUUCGGUCUUCGAGCCCCAGCAAUAUUUCUCUCUAUGGGGCAGCAGUUUGAAAGUGUGUGUAUGUGUGUGUGAGCAUGCAUGUGUGCACAGGAACCCAAGUGUGACCCUUCUGGAAAGCUCUUUUCACCUAUUCUUACUUAGAACGGAGCAAAGCAGGCAGGACACUGGUCAUAGGGGUCUCCAGGCCCCAGUUCCAUCUGGGUUCUGUCACUGACUUGCUAUGGGGGCCAAGGCACUUUUUCACUUCUCUGUUGAACUUGUCCACUAUCGAAUACAGACGGUUUUAUUCUUCCCUCCCGGCUUAGGGGCUCUCAGGGUCUGAGCACAAAGUGGAUGUGGAAGGGCUUUGGGCAGUACAAGGCCGUCCACAGACAUGAGCAGGGUUACA